GGAGGCGGAGCCGCACCGCGGAGAGCUUGCCUAGUUGCCUGCCGCUCUGGGCCGCACGGCGAGGAGGCCGAAGGGGCCAUGAGGGGCUGCGGACGGAGCUGGCUGUGGGGGGCAAGGCGGCUGGGGGUCCCCUGCGGCGGUGUGGUGCGAAGCGGGUCGGUUUGCCGCGGCGCGCAUAGUCUGCGGGCGCUUCCCGGCAAUCACUGUGAUCAGCAUCCUCAAAUGACCCUGGAGCCUUUCCUUAACAAAUGUAAAAUCCAAUUAAAAUGUAGUUCAUUUAUCAGUUUGCCUGAAGGAAAGAAGAAAAUGUCACUCCCAGGACAACCAUACAGUACUUGGCAAACAACAGUGGACCCAAAAGAAAUAAGAAAAUUCCAAGUAUUGGCACAAAAAUGGUGGGAUGAGGAUGGACAAUAUGCAGCCCUUCAUUCUAUGAAUGAAAUUAGAGUGCCUUUUAUUAGGGAUACGGUUUUAAAUUUACAAAAUGACCAUCGGCUAGGAAGCCCUCUCUCUGGGGUGAAGAUCCUGGAUGUUGGCUGUGGUGGUGGAUUACUUGCUGAGCCCCUAGGUAGACUGGGUGCAUCAGUUACUGGAAUUGAUCCUCUGGAGGACAACAUUAGUACAGCAGAAUUACACAAGUCGUUUGACCCAGUGCUGGCUAAGAGAAUACAGUACAGAACCUGUACAAUAGAGGAUAUGGUGGAAGAGGCAUCAGAAACAUUUGAUGUCAUUGUGGCUUCGGAAGUAGUGGAACAUGUGGCUGAUGUGGAAAUGUUUAUCAGGUGCUGUAAUGAAGUUUUAAAACCUGAAGGAUCUCUGUUUAUCACUACAAUCAACAAAUCGCAGCUGUCCUAUUUUUUGGGCAUUUUGAUUGCUGAGAGAGUACUGCACAUUGUUCCAGCAGGCACCCACAACUGGGAAAAGUUCAUAGCACCCGAGGAGUUGGAGCGGCUCCUAGAACCAAAUGGUUUUUUAGUGAAGACAGUGAAAGGAAUGUUAUACAAUCCCUUCUUUGGAUCCUGGAACUGGAUUGGAAGCACUAGCAUUAACUAUGCACUCCAUGCUGUGAAAUCAAGUAUUCAAGAACAGUUAGAUCCAAAGGAAGCAUCUGUAGAUGUGGACAAAGAACAGCCCCAGUGAGAUGCUAGCAUCAAAACGUCCAGUUAAGACACCAUGGGUAAAGUGGUGGAAUGCAGUUGGAGGAAGACUUGCAUAAAUGGCUGUAAUAAACCAAUAAGGAGAAAACAGCCUCAUGUUCACAGCGCUGGCUGUUAAAAUGACUUUGCCAGUCUCAGUCUUAUGAUAGAAGGAAGUUUAUCCUUCACACUUUCAGAUGUGCGAAGCUCCUGGAGAUGCAUUAUCUUGAAAAAGAAAUGAAUUGUUUAUCUAAAGAUUAGGUGUUCUAUGCAAGUUACUGGGAAAGGACUGUUUAUUCAUGAAAUAGUUCUUAAAAUGCAUGUCUGUAAGAUUCCAAAGGAAAAAUGUUUUCGUAGGCUUUAAAAUCACUGGAGUUAAAAAUGUAAGGUUGUAUUUCUAAAGUAGCUGAAUUGCUUUUAUUAUUUGAAUUCAGCUUCUUGUCUAUUUUUAAACAUUAAAAAACACACACCUCUGCUUA